AUGUCUCUAGUUGGCGGCGGCUCUCUCCUCAUAGGCACCAUUCCCGCCAUCUUCUACAUGGAGAAAUUCGGUCGUCGAUUCUGGGUAUGUGCCAUGCUUCCAGCCUUCUUCGUUGGUCUCCUCAUCAUCGGAUGUAGUUACCUUAUCCCAGUCUCCAACAUACCCGCCGCGCAGGGCACUUACAUUGCUGGCCUGAUCAUCUACGAAGGCUUCUUUGGCCCGUACCCAUGCCUGACCUGGCUAUCGGUUCAUAAGACGUUUAAGACCGUGCAGAACACUGAAGUCAACGUUUUAAGGGAACAUUUAUACAACGCACAAUAUUUCAAGAUAUUAUUAGUCUUUGCAAUUCUUUGA